AAGAGAGAGAAGACAAGGAGCAGAAGAGGAGAGUAAACCGCUGCUGGAUCCUGUUUCUGAGCCAACAUUUGGAAACACAUGGAGAAACAGUCGACACUGGAGGGAACUUUUAAUCUGGAACAGUUGUAAUAAAACAGCUCAUCUGUGUCACGAGACACUUCUGACUUCAGGACGUCCGUCUGAAGGAAGAAGAAGAAGAAUGAGUCCUCCAAAAAAGAAACAGGGAGAAAGAGAGGGACGCAAACAUCACCGCUGUCAGCUCUGUGACAAAAAAUUCACAAGAGCUGACAAUUUAAAGGUUCAUCUACGGAGUCACACUGGAGAGAAACCAUACAGCUGUGACCAAUGUGGGAACACUUUCACCACAGCACAGAACCUGAGGCAACAUCAACUCAUUCACACUGGAGAGAAACCUCACACAUGUGACCAGUGUGGGAACAGUUUCACCAAGCCAAGUAGGCUGAGACAACAUCAACGCAUUCACACUGGAGAGAAACCGUACAGCUGUGACGAUUGUGGAUAUGCUUUCAACUCAACAAGCAGCCUGAGAAAACAUCAACGCAUACACACUGGAGAGAAACCGUACAGCUGUGACGAUUGUGGGAUCGCUUUCACUCGGGCACAGCACCUGAGACGACAUCAACGCAUUCAUACUGGAGAGAAACCGUACAGCUGUGACCAAUGUGGGAUCGCUUUCACUCGGGCACAGCACCUGAGACGACAUCAACACAUUCAUACUGGAGAAAAACCAUACAGCUGUGACCAAUGUGAGCAAGCUUUUGUCACCAAAUGUGAACUAGAAUGCCACAGACGUGUUCACACUGGAGAGAAACCAUACUGGUGUGACCAAUGUGGGAAAAUGUUUUCUCGGAGUAGUAACCUUAAAGCUCACCAACGUGUUCACACUGGAGAGAAACCGUUCUGGUGUGAACAAUGUGGGAAAAUGUUUUCUCAUAGUAGUAACCUUAAAUCUCACCAACGAGUUCACACAAAGUCUUCUUAAGCAUUUUAGAGCCGAGCCAGCUGUUUUUUCAUACCUCCUCUCCAUGUGCUGUGUUGUUAUAUUCUGAGCUUCUCUAUGAAACUAAAGACUGACCAGCAGUAACCUUGUCUGACUGCGGUGGUUUGAUCCAGUGAGGAGGAAGAGGAGAUGAACCAACAGAGAUACAAAAACAUUCUCUGAUUGAACAAACAUUUAUUCCUAUUAAAUUCUGAUGAAAUCAAAAUAUUAUUGUAAACACUGACCUGUUGUUUUUGUCAUUCUCAGCAUCAACACGAUCAUCAUUAUAAUUAUUUGACACCAGUAAGAUAAUAAAUAACAUAGCCCAUACAGCCUGUAAUCAGUGGUGGAAUGUAUCUAAUUACAUUUAUUCAAGAACUGUACUUUAGUAAAAUAUUAUGGAAGU